UGAACCCGAGUGGCUCCAGUAUUUCUUAACCUGGGACCUAUUAUUAUAUAAUAUGCAUGAGUGGCGUAGUUGCGGUUUCGCGCUUUUCCGAAAUUGCACUUUGAAUUGCUAUAAAUUGUGUAUUAUAUCUCGUUUCAUUUUCUCACAUUCUCUUCAAAUGGCUAACAUUCAGGCCUCGAUUUUAAGGGCUUGUUCUUUUGGUACAGUUUGGGCUGUUUGAGUGAGAGAGAGGACUGAACCAAAACCAAGGACCGAUACAAUAUCAAGGAAGGAACAUUAAAAAGCUGUUUGAGAGAGGACUGAACCAAAAGAAAGGAUCGAUACAAUAAUAUCAAGGAAGAAACAUUAAAAUGCAUAUAGUGAUUAGGAAAUUCAAGCCAUCAGACUGUGAAGCUGUCCGCACAAUAUUUCAAGAUGGAAUCCAGGAGCACAUCAGGCCCGCAUUCAUCUAUGCCAUUUCCCAGCCACUCCACAUUUUUGUGACACUGUGGUUUUUCACCAUGGGUUAUAUACUGGGUGGAGAAUCUGUUUUCAUGGCUCUGCUGGCAGGAGGUUCCUGGGUCAGCUUGAUUUAUUACUGCAGCUAUGAGCUCUAUGCUGGUUUUGUCCGGCUAAAACUGUGCACAGACAUGCGGGACAUCACUGGCCACUAUCUCCAUAAUCCAGACAAUUGCUUCUGGGUUGCUGAGGCAGAAGUCAAUGGAAGACCUCAGCUCAUAGGUAUGGUGGCUGUGGAGGGCAAAAAAGUACCAGAUGGUAACAGGCAAAAGACUGGGGAACUUUUCAGAAUGAUCGUAUCAUCAGCAUGUCGUCGAACAGGGCUCGGCUUGCGUUUGUAUAAAAAGGCCGAGGACUUUUGUAAAGAGCGAGGGUUCUCAAAGAUUGUACUUAACACUAGCUCCAUUCAGACAUCAGCUAUAGCACUUUACAUUAAAAUGGGUUUUAUACAUGUUCAGACUCACACACGCAGUGAAGCUCCCUCAUGGGUGAUCAAAAUGACCAGAAUUACAAUUCUGAAGAUGGAGAAACUGCUAUAAAUCUUACACACUCUUUAGAGAUUUUUUUUUUUAGUUGGUUUUUAUUUAAUCAAAGGAAAUACUUGGGAAAAAUAAAGUAUUCAUGCACAAGGCAAUUAUCACAGUAAACAAACUGGACUCAAAAGUCAGUUUUUUAACAAUACAUGAAAUGAGGAUACUUUAUCCUUAAUAUUUUUAAAAGUAUAUUUUGUACAAAUAUUGUCGUGGUAGAACAUAUUUUAAUUCCCUUAACCAGUAUGCUAAGCUUAGAACACUCUGAGUAGAAAUGUAUAGUGCGGAUAGAUGGAUAAGUUGUGAAAAAAUAUGCUUACAUACAGGAAAACAAGCAAUCUGUACAUGUUUUUUUAAAAUUUCUUUACCAAUGGCAAUCUACAUACAAAUUAAUUCACUGUAAGUACACAAACAUGAUUGGUCAUUUCUGCACCAUGUGUCUGUUCUUCUCCUUUUGCUAGUCCAAAGAGCUCAAACAAAGCAAACUAUGAUGUCUUGCACCCUAGAGUAUAAUUGUUUCUCUGUUUUUGAAAAUUUAAGGGCCAAGCAAAGUUUAUAGGGUUUUAUUAGGAUAUUUCUACCAUUAUUAUUUUAAAUUUAUUCACAUGGAAGUUAAUUGUUAACCAUUUGGUGAAAUAAUUUUAAAUCACAAUGAAUAUGUUUUCAUAUAACUGUCCUGAAUUUGUGUUCACUUGGUAUAAGUGACUGGGUACAAAGUCUAGAUGUUUUUUGCUUGUUUUAUAUUAACUUUUAUAGGAGGUUAAAACUAGGGAAAUAUUACCAGGACAUGAUAGGACAAUAAAGGUUUUGUUCUGUUAUAGAAUAUAACAGAACAGAGCAAGAAAUGUUAUUUGGUUGUAAAAAUGUAAUGUAAAAAAAUUCUCCUUAUGGAGCAAUUACAUGUAUUGCACUGUAUACACUCACCAGCCUCUUCAUUAGUCAUUCCCCAUUUAUUGCCAUGUGGAAAAAAUA